GCCGCCUGUCGUGCCGUCGCGGUGUGCGCGUGUCUCUAGUGCGAUAACAUCACGUCGCCUCGCUCACACGUCUCGCUUUCUCCUAACUACCUGCGGAGGUUAUCUUCAAUUGUUCGAGCACCUUCAUGAUUUACUACCAAUUUAGGCAGCACUUUGACACUUGUAUCCCCAGACAAACCUAAUGAUUGUGCAUCACUACUUAACCGAGGAGACUCACUGUCGCGCUGAAAGAGCAGUUUCUUAAUAAAUUAGGAGUUCCUGCUCUCACAUUGUGAUCAUGGCGCUGGUACUGUUCGUGUUCCUGGUAUGUGGGCUCACCACGACCACUGCUUCUCAGUUCCGCUUCACCCAAAGUUCCUACAACGUCAGUAUCCCGGAGCACUCUGCAAGGGAAACGCUGGCGACGACAGACCAGAUGGUGGGCGUCUUCGUGGGUGCAUCCGGGAGUAACGUGAGUUACCGCGUGGUGUCCGGAGACUCGGGUAAAUUGUUCAAAGUCGAGGAGCGCCUGGUCGGGGACUUUUGGUUCCUCUCCGUGUUUACGCGUUCGGACAGCCUCAACCGCGAAAGGAAGGAUAAGUACGUGCUAACUGUGAACGCCACUGCCACUUCCGGUCUUGAGGCGACAGCAAUAGUGACAGUAAACAUAGUUGACACUAACGAUCUCAGUCCGUUGUUCUAUUAUCCGGAAUACUCGACGACUGUCCCAGAAGACUUGCCGGUUCACAGUAGUGUAAUAAAAGUGUUCGCAGAGGAUGCAGAUUUGGGGCGUAACGGUGAGGUCUACUAUAGUUUCUUAGAAAUAUCAGAACAAUUUGCGAUUCACCCGGUGACAGGUGUGAUUACUCUAACCAGGCCUCUCAGGUACUCUGAGAGAUCAGUUUAUGAUAUGCAAGUACUUGCCAAAGAUAGAGGUAUUGACAUUAGAGGAGUUAAGAAACCGUUUAGUAUGACCAAAGUGCAAGUACUGGUGGCUCAAGUGAACCAACACGGACCGGAAAUCUACGUGUACCACCUUCCGGAGAUAUCUGAAUACUCUCACGCAGACGUAUAUGCGAUAGUGCGAGUUAUUGAUAGAGAUGACGGUGUCAACGGGGAAGUGCACAGUUUAACCAUUGUGGACGGCGACAACGACGGGCAUUUUAGGAUAACACCUUUGGGCAAGCAAACUGCGGGAGUGAAAGGGGAGGAGUUUAACAUUGAGAUUUUGAAAUUAGCUCACAACAGCAGCGUGUCGAACCGGUACAAUUUAACUCUGAGAGCAAUCGAUAAGGGUAAACCUGCAAGAACAACGUAUAUUUCAGUCCCUAUCAAAAUAAAAGAAUAUACGUUUAACAAACCAGUCUUUGAUAGGGAAAUCUAUGAAAUCGACGUUUCUGAAAAUACGCCGAUUAAUUCUUCAAUUAUAAGAUUGAAAAUUGACGACAGAGAUAGCUCCGAUAUUGGGCAAAUCUUUUUGGAAAUAGUAGGAGGUAAUGAAGCCGGAGAGUUUUACAUUAACCCGAGGACUGGUGUUCUUUAUACAGCUGUCCAGUUGGACGCAGAGAUGAAAACUUUCUAUACACUCACAGUGUCAGCCAUAGACCAUGGUACGGGAUGGACUAUGAAACAGUCCUCAGCUAAAGUAAAGGUCCAGGUGGUGGAUAUGAAUGACAACGAUCCUCAGUUCGACAGUUCUGACCUGGAGUUAUGGGUGAGCGAGAAUGAGCCAGCCGGAACCUCCACGGCCAAGGUCACUGCCAAGGACAGGGAUUCUGGAGAGAACGCCUAUAUUUCCUACAGUAUUGCUAAUCUUAAUCAUGUACCAUUCGAGAUAGACCACUUUACCGGUACGAUUCGCACGACGAAAGUCCUUGAUUAUGAGUCGAUGAGGAGAGAAUACAAUCUGUACAUCAGAGCAUCUGACUGGGGAACACCUUUUAGAAGACAGUCUGAAAUGAGGCUCAAGAUUCGAUUAAAGGACAUCAAUGACAAUAAACCGCUCUUUGAGAAAACCGACUGCGUAGGUUAUCUUCCUAGACAGGUUCCUAUAGACACAGAAGUCAUUACGCUUUCAGCUAUCGACUUGGAUGCCGGUAACAUAAUUAGCUACAGGAUAGCCUCUGGUAACGAAGACGGCUGCUUUAGUCUCGACGUGACUUCAGGAGUGUUAUCAGUGGCCUGUGAUUUGUCAGAUAUUGGUAACUCCGAGAGGCACAUCAAUGUAACUGCCUAUGAUGGAACUCACUUUGCUGACUUUGCGCGAGUUCACAUUAAACUCAUUAACUCAGACCGACCAAGAGACUUCCUCGUGAAUGGCGAGUCAGCGAGCUUCGACUGCAAAGAUCUUGGAGUAGCGAAAAGAUUGACAGAGGUAUUGGCCUUGGCUGACAAAAAUAACGGGCCGAAAAGUCGAGAAGAAGACGAAGUCACCUUGCCGAAUCGUUACGGAACAAACUCGCAUGCCCCUCAGCUAAUCAGCAUGCCCAAUGAGAUACAAAUCAACGAAUCCGUUCCCUUAGGAUUCACCGUGAUGAAAGUGAAAGCUGUAGACAGAGAUUUGGGAUACAAUGGAAAACUCAUAUUUGGCAUUACUGCUGGAGAUGUUGAUUCGACGUUCUCUAUAAACCAAGACACGGGGGACAUCCGGGUGACUGGUUACUUGGAUAGAGAACGCAGGGAAAGGUAUUAUUUAAAUAUUACUGUUUUUGAUCUCGGAAAACCUCAACUAUCUUGUUCCCGAAUGCUCUCGAUUUUUGUUUUAGACGUAAAUGAUAACGCACCUGUGUUUGACAAGGCUGUAGUGAGUUUCAAAAUUAAAGAAGAUACACUUAGUGGAACUGAAAUAUUCCGUUUUAAAGCGACAGACAACGAUUUGGGUGAAAACUCUCACGUCUGGUAUCAAAUAGUUACGGACACUAAAGAUUUCCAGAUCGACAGCAGGUCGGGAAUGCUUACCGUUGGUGGUCCACUCGACAGAGAAUCGAAGUCCUUAUACGAGUUGAAGAUUAAGGCUUCCGACCGUGCUUCGGACCCGAACGACCCAGACGCACUCCACUCGUACGCGCUCGCGCGAAUCGUUGUGGAAGACGUGAAUGACGAGGCGCCCGUGUUUCCGUCACAGACGUACCUGGUGAAAGCCCGUGAGGAUGUGCCGGUCGGGACGGUGGUGGUGACCGUGGACGCCUGGGACCCCGAUUUGGAAGAAGGAGGAAUUGUAAAAUACUCCUUGUCGCAGGCGGUCGGGGAUCUUCCUUUUAGCGUGGACUCGGAAACGGGAACCCUCAGGACGAAGGCACCCUUGAACUACGAAGAGCGCCAAAUGUACAGCAUAAUUUUAAGGGGUGAGGAUCAAGGGAGUCCUUCUCUGUGGGCCGAGGUGAACUUGACCAUCGAGAUCACUGACGUGAAUGAAAACGUGCAUCCGCCUCGAUUUGAUGAUUUCGCGUUUUCGGUACGAGUGCGUGAGAACCAACCCAUUGAGACUCUGGUGACGACUCUGAGAGCGACGGAUGCCGACCCUCCCGGAGAAGACUCCAGAGUGUCCUACCGCAUCGUGUCUGGAUCAGGUCUUGGAUUUUUCAACAUUGACUCGAAAGGAAACAUCUGGACAGAAGCUGUCCUGGACCGAGAGACUACCCCUCACUACUGGCUCACAGUGUACGCCUAUGACCACGGCGUGGCUCCACUCCAUUCUAGAGCUGAGGUGUUUGUGCUAGUGGAGGACCAGAAUGACAACGUCCCCCUGGCAGACAAGCCGGCCUACAGCGGCCACGUGCUGGAGAACUGCCCCACUCACACCUCUGUGCUCCGGGUGUCCGCCUCUGACGCCGAUCAGGGUCCCGGCGAGAGGAUCAGCUUUAACAUCACUGCCGGCAACACAGCCGGUCACUUCGCUAUAGAUGACACCGGUCUUAUAUACACGACCACGGACCAGAUCGACAGGGAAGAACAAGAAGAAUAUGUGCUCGAGGUAACACUGACGGACAGUGGGACACCACCCUUGUCCUCCACAGUUCAGGUCGUCGUGGUGGUGAAGGAUGAGAACGUUAACUCUCCACAGUUCGAUCAGACUCUGAUCUAUAGUGAUGGAGAGUUUUUUCAGGUCGUCGUGGUGGUGAAGGAUGAGAACGUUAACUCUCCACAGUUCGAUCAGACUCUGAUCUAUAGUGAUGGAGCGUUUUAUUUGCAGGUAACACUUACGGACAGUGGGAUACCGCCCUUGUCCUCCACAGUUCAGGUCGUCGUGGUGGUGAAGGAUGAGAACGUUAACUCUCCACAGUCCGAGCAGACUCUGAUCCAUAGUGAUGGAGUGUUGUGUUUGCAGGUAACACUGACGGACAGUGGGAUAACGCCCUUGUCCUCCACAGUUCAGGUCGUCGUGGUGGGGAAUGAUGAGAACUUUAACUCUCCACAGUUCGAUCAGACUCUAAUCUAUAGUGAUGGAGCUUUGUGUUUGCAGGUAACACUGACGGACAGUGGGACACCACCCUUGUCCUCCACAGUUCAGGUCGUCGUCGUGGUGAAGGAUGAGAACGACAACUCUCCACAGUUCGAUCAGACGUUCUACCACAUCAUGAUACCCGAGGUGCAGAGCAAGGAGUCUACAUUUAUCAUCCAGAAUGAAGUAGAUGCCAGUGAAUCAGACUUGGAGUUCGAGGCUUUAUUUGUCGGUGAGGCCUGGCACAGUUUGGACUCUGAUAACCUCACAGGCUACCCCGUGUUCAGGCUUCUAGCAGUGGACUCGGAUUGUGACAACAACGGGAAAGUUCAAUACCAGGUCAAAUCCAGCCACGAUCGUUUCAGCAUACACCAACACUCUGGGGUGGUGUUCGCUCAGCGCCCAGUCCUCGCCAACCACGACUUCGACCUCCUGGUGCGGGCCUCGGACCAAGGAUCGCCCCAGCGUCGCUCUACUGUGAGGGUGAGCGUGCACGUUGUGGGGCCUGGGGGUGACGGUCGACCCUCAACCCUCAGUGCACCGAACCCUCACUUCACCCGCGUCACGGAACUGGACCCUGAAGGUUAUCUGGUGGCUGUUGUGCAACCCCCUAUACUAGACGGCACCAUCAUCUGGUUCUCCAUAGUAGGAAACAUCUGGACAGAAGCUGUCCUGGACCGAGAGACUACCCCUCACUACUGGCUCGCAGUGUACGCCUAUGAUCACGGCGUGGCUCCACUCCAUUCAAGAGCUGAGGUGUUUGUGCUAGUGGAGGACCAGAAUGACAACGUCCCCCUGGCAGACAAGCCGGCCUACAGCGGCCACGUGCUGGAGAACUGCCCCACUCACACCUCUGUGCUCCGGGUGUCCGCCUCUGACGCCGAUCAGGGUCCCGGCGAGAGGAUCAGCUUCAACAUCACUGCCGGCAACACAGCCGGUCACUUCGCUAUAGAUGACACCGGUCUUAUAUACACGACCACGGACCAGAUCGACAGGGAAGAACAAGAAGAAUAUGUGCUCGAGGUAACACUGACGGACAGUGGGACACCACCCUUGUCCUCCACAGUUCAGGUCGUCGUCGUGGUGAAGGAUGAGAACGACAACUCUCCACAGUUCGACCAGACGUUCUACCACAUCAUGAUACCCGAGGUGCAGAGCAAGGAGUCUACAUUUAUCAUCCAGAAUGAAGUAGAUGCCAGUGAAUCAGACUUGGAGUUCGAGGCUUUAUUUGUCGGUGAGGCCUGGCACAGUUUGGACUCUGAUAACCUCACAGGCUACCCCGUGUUCAGGCUUCUAGCAGUGGACUCGGAUUGUGACAACAACGGGAAAGUUCAAUACCAGGUCAAAUCCAGCCACGAUCGUUUCAGCAUACACCAACACUCUGGGGUGGUGUUCGCUCAGCGCCCAGUCCUCGCCAACCACGACUUCGACCUCCUGGUGCGGGCCUCGGACCAAGGAUCGCCCCAGCGUCGCUCUACUGUGAGGGUGAGCGUGCACGUUGUGGGGCCUGGGGGUGACGGUCGACCCUCAAUCCUCAGUGCACCGAACCCUCACUUCACCCGCGUCACGGAACUGGACCCUGAGGGUUAUCUGGUGGCUGUUGUGCAACCUCCUAUACUAGACGGCACCAUCAUCUGGUUCUCCAUAGUAGCCGGAGACCCCAGAGAAGAGUUCAUCAUCGGAGUCGACUCAGGAAGUGUACAACUAGCCCGUCAACUGGACUGUGAGACGCAGAAUCUGUACAACCUCACAAUCAGCCUGUCUGAUAGUCAUCGCACCGUAUACACAUACUUGCUGGUGGAGGUUGUCGACAGUAACGAGUUCAGGCCAGAAUUCUCUCAGGCAGAGUUCGUGGUGACGGUAGACGAGAGCGUGAGGCCGGGCACUUCACUGGUCCACGUCACCGCUACAGACAAUGACGUCACCAGUCAGCUCAUCUAUAGUGUGCACAACAGUCGCAGCGUCACCAGUCUCGAGCUGUUCGACCUGGAUCACGUGACUGGUCUACUCACUGUGGCCCAGCCUUUGGACAGGGAAAGCAUAUCAGAGCACAUCCUGACCGUGGUGGUGUCAGACUCCAGCUCCCCAGUGAAGCGCAACUUUGCCCGUGUCAUCGUCCAUGUGACAGAUAGCAAUGACCACGCGCCGCAGUGGUCUGGCGGUGUUGUCCAGGCUGUCGUGCUGGAGAACGCUUUCGUGGGCUCCAGAGUCGUCACCGUGGUCGCCACUGACCGAGACCACGGCGCCAACGCUGCAGUUACCUACGCUAUAGUAUCAGGCAAUGUUGGAAAUUAUUUCUCCAUUGACGCGGUGAUGGGGGACAUAUCGGUAGCUCGAGAUCUGGACUGCGAGGAGGCGGCGGAGUUCAACCUGAUUGUGAGGGCUGUGGACCAGGGCUCCGCCCCGCUGGCUAGUACCCUGCCCGUCUUUGUCACUGUCAGGCAGUCAGACCAUGCUGCUCCCAGGUUUGAGGAGAUCCGUGCCGUGGCUGAGGUGGAGGAGAGUGUAGCCGUGGGUUGGAUAGUCUGGCAAGCCCGAGCUCGCAGCGCUCUCUCCCUCACGUAUGAUAUAGAGGAUGGCAACUCCGAUAGGCACUUCACCAUCAACCCUACUACAGGAGUUGUCUCAACCCAACACCCCCUGGACUACGAGACUAGGCCAAGCUACAAUCUCACUGUGUCUGCUACAAACAUGGCCGGAGUGAGAGCGGAGAUCGGUCUGGUGGUGGACGUAGUGGACUGCAACGACAACUCCCCUCGGUUUCUAGAGACCGAAUACCGAGGCAGAAUAUCCGAGGACGCCACUCCAGGUUCUCUGGUCCUCACGGAUUCUCGGAGCCCUCUCGUGGUGAAAGCCGAGGACGCGGACUCUGCUAUCCUCCAGUACGACAUCGUGGAGUCCGUCCCUAGGAGGAUCUUCUACAUAGAUCCAUCCACAGGAGCAAUCCGCACCCAAGGCCAGUUGGACUAUGAGGAGACCCAGUCCGUGACGUUUCACGUCCAGGUCCGGGACACAGGAUCUCCCCAACUGUCCGGUCGGGACCUCGCCAAGGUCUGGGUUCAGGUCACGGACGUCAACGAUUGUCCGCCACACUUCUCCCAGACAGAGUACAAUACUACAGUCCUGCUGCCCACUUUCAACAAUGUCUCUAUUGCCCAGGUACAAGCGAGUGACUGCGACUCCCCGAAUAUAACGAAGCUGGAAUACUCCAUAGUGACCGGAAACUACGAGAAUGUCUACGCGAUGUCCGGCGACUCUGGCCUGAUCUCUCUGAAGAACAAGUCUCGAGGCAUUCACAAGUCUCCUCACCGCCUCAAAGUUGCCGUAUCUGACGGUCCCCACACGGCAUUUGCGUUUGUUAACAUAAAGUGGGAGUGGAGCUCCGAGUCGACACUCAAGUUCCAGCAGGACGUGUACGAAGCGGCUAUAGUCGAGAACUCCACCAAGAUUGUAACAGUGGCUGUGGUGUCAGUGGUGGGGGCAGAGUUAAACGAGCACGUGGUGUUCUCCCUGCUCAACCCCUCACCACUGUUCCACAUCGGCCCCACGUCGGGCGCCAUUCAGACCACCGGGCUACGCUUCGAUCGUGAGCACCAGGACCACUUUCAGCUCAUCGUUCAGGGUCGCAGCACGACAGCUGGUGCAGAAGUGCGGGUGGCUCAGACCCUUGUGAACAUCAGUGUGCUGGACAUCAACGACAACUGCCCUCUGUUCGUGGGGUUGCCGUACUAUGGGACUGUGCCUGUGGAUGCGGCCAAGGGCGAUGUCAUCACUAAGGUACACGCCAUCGACCUGGACUCCGGGGAGAACGGGGAGGUGAGGUACGAGCUGAUGCGAGGCCAUGGUGAGCUGUUCCGCGUCCACCGCAAGACCGGAGAGGUCAUACUCAAGCAGCCCCUAGAGUCUCAGGUCCGAGAGUACCAGCUCAGCAUCGCUGCCUACGAUGGAGGCAUGACUCCGUGCUCCACCGAGGUGUGGGUGCACCUGACCGUAGUAGACAGGACACUGCCGCUCUUCGACAAGCAGUUCUACACCGCUGUAGUACCGGAGGAUGUGGCUGCCCACACAGUGGUGCCUGUGACCCUUGACACCCACGUCCCACACGGCAUGAAGCUCUACUACUCCAUCGUGGCCGGGAACGAGUACGAGAUAUUCACCAUCGACUUUGGUUCAGGUGUACUGAGGGUGGCAGACGAGUUGGACUUCGAGGAUGCCCAGGAGCACAGCCUGACUGUGAAAGCUACCGAUCUGCAUUCUGGAGUCUCAGCCGAGACGCUGGUCAAAGUCAAGAUAACCGAUAUAAACGACUGCCAUCCAGAAUUUCCAGUAAACAUGUACCACACUACAGUGUCUGAGGCGGCUGCACCUGGCUCGUUUGUUAUCAAAGUUUCAGCAUCCGAUAAAGAUACAGGUCAUGGAGGUGUAAUCCGCUACUCCUUAAAGACGCUGGAGGGCUUGACCUCAGACCAUUUCACAAUCGAGCCAGAGGACGGGUCUGUGUACCUGAAGAAGAGCCUGGAUAGAGAGAUCCACAGUUCCCAUAAACUGGUGGUGGUGGCUACAGACACAGGCAUCCCUAACCUCUCCACAUCCGUUCAUCUGUGGGUCAAAGUUCUAGACACAAACGACAAUCCUCCACAGUUCGCCCGGUCCGUGUUCGUUUCCCAACUAUCGUCUGAGGCGGUCAGAGGCCAGUUCGUCUGCAGAGUGCAGGCGAGGGACCCCGAUCUGGACCGUCUGCAGUACAACAUCGUCUCCAGGGGCCUCCAUCACAUGUUCUCUAUAGAGGCGGACACAGGAGUGUUGCAGCUGAUGAAGUUGCCCAAGUCGCUGCCAGUGUCGCCCCUAGAGCUGAACGUGUCUGUGAGCGAUGGGGUCCAUAUGAGCUUCUGUACAGUUGCCGUGGACCUGCAGCACGCUGACCAUGGCGCCCCUGUGUUCCUCGCAGAUCACUAUGAGAUAACCCUACCGGAGAACAUGGCGGAACCUAGCUUCCUGGUCCUGGUUGCUGCGGAGGAUACGGACUCGGAGGGAGCUAUAGAAGGGGAAGUCACGUACUCUCUUCCUUCCGACAAGCACAGAAGCAUGGUCAGCAUAGAUCCAUUGACAGGACUGCUGAGGAGCAAGAAGGCACUGGACAGGGAGAAGCGAGCCCUGUACGAUAUCCUGGUGAUGGCCUCUGACACCUCUGGCCAUGUAGGGUUCACGUCUGUCAGACUGACGGUUACAGACGUCAACGACAACUCGCCCAAGUUCAUGCUGCCGGAGUACCUGGCUUGUGUGCCGUCCAACCUCACCGUCAACUCGGCAUUCCUCAAGGUGCGCGCAACUGACGCAGAUAAGGGCCCAGCUGCGCAGGUGACGUACACCCUGCAGUCCCCACAGGACAGCGAGACACAUCAGCUGUUCAGUGUUCAUCCUGUCAGCGGCACUCUGUACCUACAGCAGCCUGUACUUUCUCUCGAGGGCCAAGUGUACCAGUUCUUUGUGAGAGCGGCAGAUAGAGGUUCACCUUCACUCCACUCCGAUGUCCCUGUCAGAGUCUACAUCAUGGACUUCACCGACGAGCUCCCGGCCUUCCAGAGGACAGACGAAACGUUCUUCAUUCCCGAGGACGCCCCGUUAGGUUACAACGUCACACAGUUGGUCCUCAGCUCUCCACUACAGGUGGAUUACCGUCUGCUGGCUACCGGCUCUCAGUUCUCGGUCAGCCCAGACGGUUGGCUCUACCUGUCCGCUCCCCUGGACCGGGAGGCGGUGGCUCUCCACACUCUGGGGGCGGUGGCGCAGUCCCGAGCCGCCCCCAGGCUUGCCACCCUCGACACCAUUACCGUCGUCGUACUCGACUGUAACGAUAACCGCCCCAUGUUCCACUCCGCACUGUACCGGACUGCCGUGGCAGAGAACGUCGCAGUCGGAACCUCGAUCAUGCAAGUGGAGGCGGAAGACGCUGACGAGGGAAGAAACGGCGAGGUGUACUACCUGCUGGAGGGCGAGGGUGUGUUCACCAUAGACACGUACACGGGCUGGGUGGUGACGUCAGGGGCACUGGACCGAGAGCUGAAGACCUCCUACAACCUGACGGUGGUGGCAGUGGACAACGGCAGUCCGGCACUCAGCAGUUCCACCUCUCUCCUGGUAGAUCUCAUAGACUACAACGACAACCCUCCGGUGUUCUCCCAGGAUGUCUACACUGUUUCUGUGAAAGAGGAUCUGGAGGAAGGCAGCGAGGUACUGCUACUAGAAGCCUCGGACUUGGACUCAGAUUCAGUGCUCAAGUUCUACAUCUCGGGCGGAGAUCCAGAUCUGCAGUUCGCCAUGGAUGAAGCGGUCCCCGGGGUGAUGUACCUGAGACGGGGGCUGGAUCGGGAAUUCCGAGACAGCUACCGGUUGACAGUAUUGGUCUCCGAUUCAAAGUUCAUCGCUACAGCCCAGGUGGCACUGCACGUCCUGGAUGUUAAUGAUGAACGACCCUACUGUGUACAGUCGCGGUACUACGCCACCCUGGCAGAGAAUGCGGCACCCGGGACUUUCGUGCUGACCGUAGCUGUGGAGGACCCCGACCUCCAGCCCUCCGUCUCCUUUCACCUGGCGGGAGAUGGCGCUGACCACUUCUACCUCCACAAGGAGAAAGGAGAAUUGAAGACGAGCAAGUUGUUGGACCGGGAGACGAUGCCCAGGUACUCCCUGAAGGCCUACGCGUACGACGACAGCUAUCCCGAGUGGGAGUGCGUAUCGUACGUAGAGCUGACGUUGACUGAUGUGAACGACAACGCUCCAGAGUUCCAUCUGGCCAGCCACAAGGUUUCGCUGUCAGAGGAUUCGGCUGUUGGUGCUUUCAUUACUAAACUGACUGCCGUGGAUGCAGACAGAGGAGUAAACCGGAAGAUCCGCUACUACUUGGUGAACUCUGGGGAGAAUCACUUCGAGGUUGACAAGGAUUCCGCCAUCGUGCGCCUCGCAAAGACUCUGGACCGCGAGGCCCAAUCCAUGUUCACCCUCAUCUUGAAAGCCGUGGACUCGGGCAUGCCUCAGCUCUGGACUCUCACCACACUCCAGGUAACAGUGCUGGAUGUUAAUGACAACCCACCGGAGUUCCUUUCGCGCAGUUAUGCCAUCACGGUACCUGAGAACAUCUCUGUCAGCUCGGAGAUUGUCAAAGUUGACGCCAUCUCUAAAGACACUGGAGUCAACGCACAAAUCAUCUACACUAUUGUAGAGGGUAACGAACAGGGGAAGUUCGACCUCCACCCUAUUACUGGAGUGAUCUCAGUGGUACAGCAGGUAGACUACGAGCAGACCAAGUGGUACCUGUUGACUGUUCUGGCCACGGACCAAGGGUUACCCCCACUCAGUAGUCAGACCACUGUAAACAUCACCGUCUUGGACAGUAACGACAACGCUCCUGUCUUCUCCCAGACUGCAUUCUCCGCUCAGGUCCCUGAAGACGUGCAAGUGGGAGAAAUAAUUUUAAAGCUGGAGGCUGCGGACCGGGACAGUGGACCCAACGCGAGAGUGGGAUACUCUCUGGAGUCGGGAGACUCUCUUCACCAGUUCAGUCUGGAUCUGAACACUGGAGAGUUGUCGGUGGCCAAAACUUUGGACAGAGAGUCUAUCGCAGAAUACAGCUUAACGAUCCAGGCCUCUGACUUCGGCUCUCCUCAACUGAGUUCUACUGUCUUCAUCAGUAUAAGUGUCCUGGACGUAAACGAUAAUCCGCCAACACUGACCCAAGACAACUACACGUUCUUUGUCCAGGAGGACAAAAUGCCAGGCUGGGCUGUGGGUCAGAUGAUUGUGUCUGACGUUGACACCUUCCCCAACGGAGCUCCGUUUUCCUUCAGCAUCUUGUCCGGCAAUGCUGACCUGGCUUUCCGCGUGGUAUCUGACGGCACUUUGUACACAGCAGCUCGCCUCAGCACGCGAGCUCGCUCUGUGUACUACCUGCAGGUUCGCGUGGGUGACAGCGGCUUCCCUCCCCUGCACACCGACUCUUGGAUCACUGUCAAGGUUAUAGAGGAGUCACAAUUUGCACCGACAGUGUUACCACUGGAGGUGUUCAUCAUCGCCUACCAGGAGCGAUGGCCCGGAGGUGAGAUCGGUCACCUGAUAGCCUCGGACCAGGACCCUUAUGACACGCUGGUGUUCGCGAUGGAGCCGAGCCCACCAGGCCAGGGACAGUUCUCGGUGGAGCCUCGCCGUGGAGUUCUGACCGCCGGUCCCAUGGUGGAUGCUGGCCGCUACCGCCUCAACAUCUCUGUGUCUGACGGCAAGUUCACGACGUACACCACCGUCACCGUCCACGUGCUGCCUCUCUGGGAGGACAUGCUGCAGCACAGCGUCAGCAUCAGGUUGCGGAGUAUGACGGCCCAUCACUUCGUGCUGCGGCAGUGGAAGAGCCUGGUGCAGCUCCUGGAGUCAGCGUUGCUGAGGCAGGUGUCACUGACCAGUCUGCAAGCUGUGGCUCACGGUGACCUUGACAUACUCUUGACCAUCACUGGGGGGGUGGAGCUGGCGGUGCUCAGCGAGGCUCUACAGUCCGCUGGAUUGAGCGGGGCCAACUGGUCAUGCGACUGCCACAACGGCGCUCUCUGCCGCCAGAAGGUUCAGAUACAGCGGGACUUGGUGUUCACAGUGGCCACAGACCACCUCAGUUUCGUGUGUCCUGGCCACUCCCACCAACUCUACUGCGCCUGCAACCUCGGCUAUGGAGGUGAAUACUGUGAGGAGAUUCUCCCGGGCGGCGACUGUGGGUGUCCUCCUCCUCAGGGAUGUAUGCCCCAGGCGGGGGCCCCAGGGGGCUACAUCUGCGUACCCCCCUCCUGCCCUCCCUCUCACUCUUGUCCUCCCGCCGUCACCGCCAGCAUCCACUGGGAGGAGCUGGUGGCGAUCGUCGUGGCAAUCCUCAUAGUCUCGUGUCUUGUACUCGUAUUCGUCCUCUACAGACGCUGCCACCGCAUCAGUCCUGGGAACAGGGUGGACAAGUCGGAACUGAAUCACGUCAUCAAGAGAACCUCCAAACUCAGUAACCUCCAGGUUACACAGCCCUCCAGGCCAACGUCGUACACGUGCAGUUCUAACAACGAGGUUUUCUCAGCCGUGGCGCUCAACAACGCCGAGAGAGGGACAGCGGAGUCAGACAACGUGCCGCCAGACUACAGGCGCAACCUCAUGAGUCCCCAUCACAAGAUCAACAACGAUUUAAAACAAACUGCAGACAUCCCCCUACACCAGGUUAUACCCGCAGAAGAUGAUACAAGAACGAUUGGAGGAUUCCACUGGGAUUGUACGGAGUGGUUGCAGAACGGCGAUGUCCACACAACCAUCCUGGGUGACUCUUCCAGUUACCAUAGCAACGAUAGCUGUCUCACAGGUGACCCUGCUCGGGAACUAGCGACCCUGGACACCAAACUGAACAGCCAAGAGGAUCAGGUGAUCCCGUACGGGUUUCCCAGCAGUCUGGACGUCUGCUCGUAGCCUCCUCCACGCUUUCGGUUUCACUCGUGUACCUGCUUAUUUAUCCUGAACCAAUUCGCUAUGUAAAUCCUUUACAAAGUAGAAUAAAAGACUGAUGGGUUAUUUGAGGAAUUGUUCAGAUUUAAAGGUGUAUUUUAACAUUUUGUAUUGCUUAAUUAUUUUGUUCUUCAUGUUUGGAAAAGUCUUCUUUACUUAUACUGUGCCAAAAGAAGCUUUUAUUGAGUUACGAAGCGAAUUGAUAACCUUAUAAAGCUGUAUUGACAGAGAUAAAUAGAGUUUAUCUUUUACCAUUUCAAAAUCUAUACAUAAUCAAAAAUUUCUUACUUCUUAUUACCUUUUCCUAGAGUUGUUUCAAAUUUUUUUCAUUACGAUCUUCGAUUUUGGGUUAAAUCAAGUUAAUUCAUAACAAAAACACCUAUGUUGUAAAUAGGUUUUGUAAUAACUCCAAAAUGCAUUAAAAGGUGCUUAGCAAAACCAUUGAAAAUUUACAGAUUCUUCCAUGAGCUAUCUUCAAUCCAUAAGCAUUUCCAAGGCUGAUUACUGAUUAUGCUAAAAACGAGUAUUUUUUAUUCUGGGCUACACCUUAAGGUAUAUUUUUACCAGCAUUUCAUAGCUCGUGUUUUAAUUGUUAUCCGUAUAUUUCGCUCUAAUCUCAACGCAUUGUGUUAAGUAUGAAGUAACGCACAUUUUGUAAGCCUUUUACAAGGUCGUAAAAUCAGUGGUAUAAACAGUUUACUCGUACUUUACGAAAGUUUAAACAAAAGUCAUUUCAGUUGAUUUUCCAGUAAUAAUUUUACUCAAGAUUAUUUUUUCCAAUAAAACUAUGAGUUUUCAUUUUGACAUUUAAUAGAUAUUUAGGUUAGAAUUUAUUUAGUGUAGAUUUUUAUUUCUUAACGCAGUAAAUGAGAGUCGAGUAAACUGUUUUCUAGAAUUAAGUUGUAUAAAUAACGAUUAGUUUUUUACUGUCGUUUAAGAAGUAACCGUAAGGCUUGUAGUAAUAAUUUCACUUAAAUACAGAAGCACAAUACAAUACAAUUAACAUAACAGGGUUUUCCGCUCGUGGCCAUCAAUGAACAUUAUAGUGAUGUGUUUCCGAUGUUCCUAUUAGUGAAUAGGAACAUCGGAACAAUCGAUGUUGCGUUUAGUAUUUUAUGAAAUUCUAAUAAACAUAAACUUAUAAGCUUAUGGCUGAACACGAUAUAUAAGCUUAUAAUUGAAUAAUUUCAAUAUUUAUACUGUAAUCUGGUAACAAAAUACCAAUAAAAUCAGUAACUUAUUAAUUUUAAUACUGGAUUUAUAAGUAUUUUUAAUUUUUUCACUGUAUGGAUUUCGUCAGCUCCUGUGAGGAAAUAGUGUUUACGUAUAACUAGACCUUUACACCCUACUCUACCUAAGUAUGAGGUUUUUACCCGCAAGCACAAAAUUACUAUUGUGAUUUUUAUCUAAUUUACUGACCUGAACAUUGUGCUACUAAAGGGACUAUUUUUAUAAGUGAUGUAAAUGUUAGAAAUACAUUUUCAUUAUAAUAAAUAUA